CCGCGCCGGCCAAUAAUCCAGCCUCCACUUCCUGGCAAGGUAUACUACAUGCCCGAUGGCCGACAUGUCCCUCCUUCCUCCGUUAUUCAUGGGCAGAAGAGACAAGACGGAUUCUUCAAGCAUCCCAUCCUAUCCAUGGGCAUGAGCCAUAGAGGAAAAUACGUUCACUUCUAUGCCAUGACACGCAUCCCUCCCGUAGCAAUAUGGGACCUCGGCAUGUGCCUGCGACUAGGCAAUACGAUGGCGGAUGAGGGUGACCUAGUGCUAAAGCUUGCGAAGGGCUCGCGGCAUAUGCAACACCAGACCUGGGUUAACCUCGAGCAACGCUUCUACAUCGAGUGGCAGCACCUCGACCACUGGGCGUGCGACGUUUGCAUCGAUCCAGAAGAAUUCAUCAAGCUGAACAAGAAGGUAGCGGAGCUGGAAGCGCAGCAGAACCGGUUCAUCUACAAGCCAUUGAGGCGCGACUUGAGUCACGUCGAACUAGGAAGCGUCGUAAUGCUCCCAAAUCCCUCAACUUCACAGACUCUAGGCGCGCCCGCUCUCGUCCUCCAAAACCACUAUCCUCACUUUCGGUUCCUCCGCAUCAAAGCCAUCCUCGACAACAGCCUCCAAGAAGGUAGCUCGAACAGGAAAGCACAUAACCGGAGCCACUGUUUGGAGAUCUCCCGAUACCCCAAGGCCGGUCACCACGGCGCGCCUGUUUUGCUUUUGGAACUUGACUCUCCCGACAUGCGA